AUGACGAAACGCUCUCGUAACGCGUUCACCGCCAAGGAGAAAUUGCACUGGCUGGCCAUGUUGGAGUCACAGCCUGACCUCAGCAUCCGUGGCUUGGUGAAGCUUGCCAAGGUGCAGCCCAAGCAAAUCCGCGAGUGGAGGCGACUCAAGGAGCGUCUCGAGGCGGAAGUGGAGGUGCUGGAGGAUGUGCUGGACGAGGGGGAGGACGGGGUGAACCCCAACCCGUUCUACGAAGACCCCUCGCACGCCCCUGAGCCCGCCGCUACCAAGGACGAUGAGGCAGAGGACGAGGAGGAAGGGCUUGCAGGGGAGGAGGAUGUGGUGGAUGCUGUUGCCGAGGAAGGGGAUGUGAUGGCUCCGGAGGAGGAGGGGGAUGAGGCAGAUGCAGAGAUGGGAGGUGCGGAUGAGUGGAGUGAGGAUGGAGACGACUGGUGGGCAGCAGGCCGCUAUGAGGGAGAGGAAGUGGAGGAGUGGGUUGCAGGCGAGGAUGAGGGACUAUUUUUAUGUUGUUCUCACCCCUUGUUGCCCCCUAAAUCUCUGAAAUGCAAACCGUGA